AUGUUACAAUAUUCCAAGAGCAAUACUUCAGAUAAAUUAAAACUAGUGGAGUUUGAAGGAUACUUGAUUCCACUUUUUUUUUUGAACGUACUAAAACCUUAUCAAAAAGAAGGUCUACAGUGGUUAUUACAAAAUUAUGAAUUAGGCAUUAGUUGUAUUUUAGCAGAUGACAUGGGACUUGGUAAAACUAUCCAAGUAAUUGCUUUUUUAUCAGUUUUAAUUGAGAAUAAAACAUAUUUGCAACCAGGGUCGUGUUCUUUGACUAAUUAUUUGGACGACUUGUUAAAAAAAAACUUCAAAGACAAAAAUAAAAUCGUUGAUUCAAUGCUUGAAUAUAGUGAUUCUGUUUUUUCGAAACGUGUUUUGAUUAUAACAUGUACUACACUGCUGUAUCAGUUAGAAGCUGAAUUUUUGAAGUUUUAUCCGUUGAUACACAUAAAAAUUCAUAAAAGCACUAGCAGUUUAACUCAAAACAUCAAAGAGCUCGGUAUACAUGUAUUUGAAAUGGUAAUUCUCGAUGAAGGACAAAAAAUAAAAAAUCCCAACGGUUUAACUACUCUUGCAAUCAAACGAAUUAAGUCAAAGUUUAAACUCAUUCUAACUGGGACGCCGUUCCAAAAUAGUUUCAGAGAGUUAUGGAGCUUGAUAGAUUUCAUUAACCCUGGUCUUCUUGGUUCUUUGCCCGCGUUUCAAAUGGCCUUCAUAUCUCCUAUUGAAGACGGAUUUACAAAAGGGAUGCCUCUUGAUAAAAAGUUGUUCGCUAAAAAAUGUUUAACUUUAUUAAGAGGACUACUAACUGCCCAUAUUUUAAGACGCACUAAAACCGAUAGUAAAAUACUUAAUAACAUUCAAUGUGCUGAAUUAAUGUGUUUGUGUCCUAUUACUGCCAUUCAGUACAAAUUAUAUAUUAAUUUUCUAAAGGAAUAUGGUCCACAGUUUCUCAAAAAUAUUACAGCUUUAAAUUCCGUUCAGAAAGAUACUAAAAACCAUUCAUUAAAAUAUUUUAACAUUCUUAGUAUUUUGUCAAACCAUCCUGAUGCCUUGUUUGAGAACUUAGAAGAAUUUGAGUAUAGAAUACACAAAAAUAACUUGACGUAUGGUGAUUAUGAACGUAGUGGUAAAUUAAAAGUAGUGCUUCAACUUUUAAAAAAGUUCGAAUUGGAAGGACAAAAAGUUGUUAUUUUUUCUCAGCGCAUCAAAUAUUUGAAUUUCAUUGAGAAUUAUAUAAGUUCGUCUUACAAAUAUUUAAAAUUAGAUGGCAGUGUUACUUCGUACCAGAAAAGAACAAGUAUGAUCGAUAACUUCAAUACAAAUUCAGAUAUCCGCGUUUUUCUUAUGAGUACAAAAAUUGGGGGUGUCGGUAUAAAUUUGUGUUCUGCGUCCAGAGUGAUUAUUUUUGAUCCUGACUGGAAUCCAGCAAAUGAUUCUCAAGCUUUGAACCGUUGCUAUAGAAUUGGCCAAUCUUGUAACGUAGAAAUUUACCGACUUAUAAGUGCAACUCCUUUCGAACAAUACAUGUAUCGCAUACAAAAACAAAAAUUAUCUAUUGCGAACGCAGUCUUUGACGAAGGAGUUAUUCAGUUGUCUAAAAGAGAUUUAACUGACCUUUUAGAAUAUCCAAAUCCAAUAGAUCCCAGUUCGAUGCUAGAUUUUAACUCAAUAGCAUAUCGUCUUUUACUAACUGCUCUCAAGAAUAAAAUUUCUUUUAACGACCCUAUUAGUGAUCCGAGUACUGUGUUCACAGAACAUUCGGAAAUACCUCAAGUUUUAUCAGAAUUUGAUUUUAAUAUUAUCAUUGACAAGAUUUUCCAAAAUUCAAACUUAGCUAAAGAUAAAGAAUCUUCUUCUGAUUUCGCAGAUCUUAUAAGUAAUUUGAAUCGUAUAAAUGAAGAUGAAUGCAGCGAUGUUGAUUACAAUGAUGCUUAUACUGACAAGCAAGCAGCUGUGAGUAAUCUGUUUAAAGCCACGGGUUCUUUGGUAUCUCAGAAGGAAUAUCAGGCCAUCAAUAAUACUAUUAAACAAAAGUUAGAGACAAGUGUCAAUUCGGAAUUUCGCUCAUUUGCUUUAAGUCAACGUGCCUGUCAAGCUAAAAAAGACAAUGAACUUGUUUGGACUGAUCGAUUCGAUACCUGUUAG